UCUCGGUCAGCGGGAGUCAUUCAAUGUGAAUAGUUUGCGGGUCACGGUGCAGGAGGUUGGGAGUAUGCUGGCAACUGGACAGUGGGAUUGUUUAUAUGUCUGACCUUGCUACUUUCUCGACGGGCUGCCGUAAAAGACGCAACAGAGGAAACUGCAGGCUCUUCCUCGAGUGACUACUGCAACAAAGCACAACCUAUCUUGCCUUUCUGGCUUUGUUUCUUUGGUUUUAACUUUGCUGUUUUUAACGGGAGAGAAAUGCUUCAAACACCUGAGCUCCACUUACAGAGCAUGUAAAUGGGAUGCGCAAAGAAAUUUGACUGCUUCAAGCGUUUGAAUCGCAUUAGGCUUACGUCGGUUGCAGCUGUCUUGUUAAUUUAAUUCAUUUAUAGAUUAUUGGUCUUAUUUUCUCCCCUGGAGUUUCGAGAAUGGAUAACUUUUUCACUGAGGGCUGCCGGGUGUGGGUAAGAGAACGAGACCAGCUCCAUCCUGCCACCAUUACCUUGUAUGAAGAUGGUUCUCUUCUGGCUACAACAGACUAUGGAGAGACAAGUAUUGGCUCAAUAUUAGCUGCUGUGAAUCCUUACAAGCAAAUUGGGGGCCUGUAUGAUUCUUCCACUGUUGAGCUUUACAGCCAACACCAUCUUGGAGAGCUUCCACCCCACAUUUUUGCAAUUGCUAAUGAGUGUUACAGCUGUCUGUGGAAGAGGCAUGAUGGUCAGUGUGUCCUUAUCAGUGGGGAGAGUGGAGCUGGAAAGACAGAGAGCACAAAAUUGCUACUGAAGUUUUUAUCUGUAAUGAGCCAGAACUCGGUCAGUACACCACCAUCUGAGAAAAGCACACAUGUGGAAGAGGCCAUCAUCGAGAGCAGUCCUAUAAUGGAGGCUUUUGGGAAUGCCAAAACUGUUUACAAUAAUAACUCCAGCCGUUUCGGAAAGUUCAUCCAACUGCACUUUUCUCAGAAUGGGAACAUUCAAGGAGGAUGUGUCAUUGACUAUUUACUGGAAAAGAACCGUGUAGUGAGACAGAAUCCUGGGGAGCGAAGCUAUCAUAUCUUCUAUGCCCUUCUAGCUGGAGCAGAUGCUGAACAGAAAGAGCUGUACUUCCUGUCUGAGCCUGAGUCAUUCCAUUAUCUGAGUCAGUCAGGUUGUGUUAAGGACAAAAGUUUGGAUGACAAAUGGCUGUUUAACAGUGUCAUGGUGGCACUGAAGGUAAUGGAAUUUAAUGAAGAAGAAAUCCGUGAUGUAUUCAAGCUUCUCUCUGCUAUACUACAGAUUGGAAACAUUGAAUUCAUGACAGCUGGUGGAGCCCAGAUAACCACCAAAGCAGUUAUCAACAAUGUAAGUGACCUGUUGGGCCUCGAUUCCUUCCAACUUUCAGAGGUGUUGACCCAGAGAUCGAUGAUCUUGCGAGGUGAAGAGAUCUGCUCUCCUCUUACUAUAGAGCAGGCAAUGGACUCAAGAGACUCCAUGGCUAUGGCACUUUAUUCCCAGUGCUUCUCCUGGAUCAUCAUGAAAAUCAAUACUAAAAUCAAAGGGAAGGAAAACUUCAAAUCUGUGGGCAUUUUGGAUAUCUUUGGCUUUGAAAACUUUGAGGUUAACCGAUUUGAGCAGUUUAGUAUCAACUAUGCCAAUGAAAAACUACAAGAAUAUUUUAAUAAGCACAUCUUUUCAUUGGAACAACUAGAAUAUAACAGAGAAGGAAUCCACUGGGAAGCUAUUGAUUGGAUGGAUAAUGCCGAAUGCCUGGAUCUUAUUGAAAAGAAACUAGGCUUGCUUGCCCUGAUAAAUGAGGAAAGCAGGUUUCCCAAAGGCACAGAUUACACAUUGCUGGAAAAGUUGCACAGUCGCCAUGCGACCAACCAGUAUUAUGUCAAACCCAGAAUGGCAGACCACCAAUUUGGAAUCAAGCACUAUGCAGGAGAGGUUUUAUAUGAUGUUAAAGGGAUAUUGGAGAAAAACAGAGACACGUUUAGAGAUGACAUCUUGAACAUGCUGAAAGACAGCAGACUGGACUUCAUCUAUGAUUUGUUUGAACGAGUAGCAAGUAGAAACAAUGAAGAAACAUUAAAGAUGGGGACAGCAAGACGCAAGCCCACAGUCAGUUCACAGUUCAGGGAUUCUCUACAUUCCCUCAUGGCAACACUGAGUGCUUCCAACCCAUUUUUUGUCCGCUGCAUAAAACCCAACAUGCUAAAGAUGCCAAAUAAAUUUGAUCCUGAGGUGGUCUUAAAUCAGUUGCGUUAUUCCGGGAUGCUGGAAACUGUCAAAAUUCGUCGGGCUGGCUUUCCAGUACGCAGACAGUUCAAGGAUUUCUACACAAGGUACCAUAUGUUACUUAAAGAAAAACGGACAAUUGGAGAUGAAAAUAAGAUGUGCACAAUGCUGCUGAAAAUAUUUGACAGCAAAAGCACAGAGUGGCAAAUGGGAAAGACUAAGGUAUUUCUGAAGGAGGCAUUGGAGCAGAAGCUGGAGAAGGCAAGGGAGGAGGCGCGGAGGAAGGCCGGCAUGGUGAUACGAGCCCACAUCCUGAGCUAUGUGGCAAGGAAACACUACCUGAAAGUCCUGGCAAGUGUUGUAACGAUCCAGAAAAACUACCGCAGCUACUUCUGGAGGAAAGGUUUUCUGCGCCUACGAUCGUCUGCCUUAGUAUUCCAGAAGCACUGGCGUGGCUGGUUGGCUCGUUGCUUGUAUCAACAUCUCAAAGAGGAGAAGCGCAAGAGGGAAGAGGAGGAGAGGAUAAAGAAAGAGGAAGAAGAGCGUAGACGGCGGGAGGAGGAGGAGAAACAGAAGAGGCUUCAGGAAGAAGAAGAGGAACGAUUAAGGCAGGAGGACCUGAAGAGGAAGGAGGAAGAGGAGUUAAGAAUCAGAGAGGAAGAACUUAGGAGGAAGAAAGAGGAGGAAACUAGGAUGAAAGAAGAGGAGGAAAAAAGACAAUUGGAUCAUAAGAAACUUGAGUUAAUUUCCAAAGAGGAAAUUAUUAAUACUAGUAGCACCAGUCCCCAACAAACCGAAGAAGAAAGCCGUCAGAUGGAAGAAAUCUUACGGCUGGAGCGUGAGAUCGAGCGACUGCAGAAGCAGAAGGAUGAGGGUGUUUCUCUGCUCUGUGAGAGCUCUCGGAUUGAACUUGAGCAACAUAGGAAUGCAGAAAUCAACCGACUGGAGAAGGAAGCCUCGCGAGUUGCUCAGGAGUUUUUAGAGCUUCUAGACUUUGGUGGCUUGGAGCGUUCCCUCUCCAGUGAGGAAAACUUGAAUGAUUCAUCUGAGCUUACUGCACCCCUGGCCGAAGAAGAAGUUGAUGAAGGAUUCCAUGCAGAGGAGGAUGUGAGUUUGCCUCCCAAAUCUCAGGAUAUGAGUACUGAAGAACAAUAUUUACAUGAUGAUAUCUAUGCCAAUCUCCCUCCUCCUCCUCCUCCUCCACCUUUACUAGUUGAUGAAGAAGAAAUGCCUGAAACCGUUAACCUUCCCAUGGUAUUCCCAUCAAGUUUGGAUCAAGUAGUACCUGAUCUCUCAAUUGAUAGCAGUGCAGUGGAGCAAAAUGUAGAACAAACUGUGUCAGAGAAUCUCGCUGAUAUAGAGGAACCCAUUUACAGUUUUCCUCCUGACUUGGAGUCUGACUAUGAUCAUGAUGAGUUUGAAGAGACAUUGGCCAGUUCUGGAGACCCAACAAGUACCACAGAUGGGCAUUUAACUGAUGAAGACAUUCUGAGGAAGUCCACAUGCACAUAUAACAGCCUGGACUCCUAUCGUGGCAGUUCAGACUCCUUUAUGGACAGUGAUGAUGAAAAUGAUGUCUACAUAGACACAGAUGAAGAGUUUUCUAAUGGCAGAGUAUCAAUGUUUAACGGAAGCGGGCCGCCAUACUUCCACAGUUACCUUUACAUGAAGGGUGGCCUAAUGAUUCCUUGGCGGCGGCGAUGGUGUGUCCUCAAAGAUGACACAUUCAUGUGGUUCCGAGCAAAGCAGGAGUCUUUGAAGUCUGGCUGGCUGUACAAAAAAGGUGGUGGCUUGUCAACUCUCUCACGGCGUAACUGGAAAAUGCGCUGGUUUGUUCUGCGAGAAUCCAAACUCAUGUACUUUGAAAAUGAUAGUGAAGAGAAGCUGAAAGGCACAAUUGACGUUCGGGUGGCCAAGGAAAUUGUUGACAAUCAUGAAAAAGAAAAUGCCUUGGACAUUGUGACUGAAGAAAGAACUUUUCACAUUGUAGCAGAAUCACCCGAGGAUGCAAGUGGCUGGUUCAACAUUCUCAGUCGGGUUCACGGUGCCACAUCCCAGCAACUUCGGGAAAUGCAUGAUGAGCAGGCCAAUCCUAAGAAUGCUGUGGGUACCUUGGAUGUUGGACUGAUUGAUUCAGUGUGUGCAUCGGAUAAUCCAGACAGGCCCAAUUCUUUUGUGAUCAUCACAGCUAAUCGGGUUAUCCAUUGCAACACUGACACCCCAGAAGAGAUGCACCACUGGAUAUCCCUGCUUCAGAAACCAAAGGGAGAUUCAAAGAUCGAAGGACAGGAGUUCCUUGUGAGAGGAUGGCUACACAAGGAGGUAAAGUCGGGAGCAAAGAGCACAUCUUUAAAACUUAAGAAAAGGUGGUUUGUUCUCACAAAUAACUCACUGGACUACUACAAAUCCUCAGAGCGCAGUGCCUCUAAACUUGGUACACUUGUUCUGAACAGUUUGUGUUCAGUGGUUCAACCUGAAGAAAAAAUCUUCAAAGAAACAGGUUAUUGGAACAUUAUCAUCCAUGGACGCAAGCACUCCUAUCGACUUUACACCAAAUUACUUAAUGAGGCCAUGAGAUGGGCAACGGCAAUACAGGGCGUCAUCGACACCAAAGUACCCAUUGAGACACCAACACAACAACUAAUUCGAGAUAUCAAGGAAAACAGCUUAAACUCAGAAGCUGUGGAGCAAACAUACAAGAGAAACCCAAUCUUGAGAUAUACUCAGCAUCCACUUCAUUCCCCGCUGCUUCCACUACCUUAUGGUGACAUCAGCUUGAAUCUUCAAAAAGAAAAGGGCUACUCCAGUCUUCAGGAUGAAGCAGUGAAAAUCUUCAACUCUCUGCAAGAAAUGGAAACCGUAUCGGACCCUGUGCCUAUAAUUCAGGGCAUCUUGCAGACCUGUCAGGACCUGCGGCCACUUAGAGAUGAGGUGUAUUGCCAAUUGAUCAAGCAGACCACACAUGUGCCACAUCCCAACAGCCCAGCCAAUCGUGCUCACUGGCAUCUCCUUACCUGUAUGAGCUGCACCUUUUUGCCCAGCCGUGGGAUCCUUCGCUACCUCAAGUUUCACCUUAAAAGGAUAAAAGACCUGUUCCCAGGGACAGAGAUUGAGAAGUAUGCCCACUUCAUCAGUGAGUCGUUAAAAAAGAGUAAGUCAAGAGAGUAUGUGCCAUCUCAGGAUGAGAUUGCUGCCUUGCUUACCCGACAGGAGAUGACAACAACAGUCUACUGUCAUGGUGGAGGAUCAUGUCAAAUCACCAUCAACUCCCAUACCACAGCUGGAGAGGUUGUAGAGAAACUGAUUCGUGGUUUGGCCAUGGAGGACAGUCGUAACAUGUUUGCUCUCUUUGAGCAGAAUCAGUCCACAGACAGAGCUGUGGAAAGUAGAGUUAUUGUUGCUGAUGUGUUAGCAAAAUUUGAAAGAUUGGUUGGAACUGAAGAGGAGGAAGAGGAAGGCCAAUGGCGACUUUACUUCAAACUCUAUUGCUUUUUAGAUGUGGAGAGUGUCCCUCAAGAUAGUGUGGAGUUUGCAUUCAUGUUUGAGCAGGCACAUGAAAGCCUAAUCAGUGGCCAUUUCCCCGCCCCAGAGGAGACCCUCCACCACCUAGCAGCUUUGCGUCUGCAGUAUCUACAUGGUGAAGUGUGCCCGGCUGGUUGGACUGUGGAAAGCGUUUAUCCAGUUGGACGUCUUCGCAGUCGCAUUUUGCAGUCCACAAAAAGUAGCAGCUAUAGUGGCAGCAGUUUUUCUAUGGGAUACACCCUGGAACGCCGACGCACCAGUUUUCUGGAAGGCACACUAAGACGAAGCUUUAAAACAGGCUCCAUGAAAAAGCAGCGCAUAGAAGAGGAACAGAUGUUGGAGAUGUGGAUCAAGGAGGAGCUGUCAGCCACACGGACAAGCAUUCUGGAAAAGUGGACAAGGCUUCAGGGAAUGCCCCAACUCCAAGCCAUGUACAAAUACAUGUCAAUCAUAAAGGAAUGGCCUGGGUACGGGUCUACUCUGUUUGAUGUGGAGUGCAAGGAAGGUGGAUUCCCACAUGACUUAUGGCUUGUGGUUAGUGCAGAGAAUGUGUCCCUCUAUAAGCGUGGGGACCCCAAGCCUCUGGAAACUUUUCCUUACGAGCACAUUGUUUUCUUUGGUGCUCCUCAACCCAGCACCUACAAACUCACAGUAGAUGAGCGAGAAAUGUUUUUUGAAACACCUCAAGUAGGGGAAAUAACCAAAAUCAUGAAGGCUUACAUAAACAUGAUUGUAAAAAAGCGCUGCAGCAUGAAGUCCAUGUCUGAACGAGGCAACUCCUGGAUGAGGUGAUUCACAAUGUUCUAGGCUGAUGCAACAUUACAAACCCAUCAGGUUAAGGAGGCUGCAAUCAGAUAGGGGGUUGUAUCAAAUGGAAGCUGACUUGUGAUUAUUGCAACUCAUGGAAGGGAAAAGAAGAGGCUAUUGAAUGAUGCAAAACUACUGAAAGCAUGCUUCAAAAAUCUGAAGUGGCAGUGAAGCUUCUUGAUCAAUGAAUCUCAAAAGGAGAGGUUGUUUGUUUGGUUUUUGGAGUAGUGAUGAAAUUAUGUAUAUUUUGCACAUUUUCUCAGCUGCCUAAUGCAUUCUCAGUAUACAAAAAUAUGUACCAAAGCUGCAAACUCCGUUCCAGCAACCUAUCUUCAGGUUAAGAAGACACGUGAUAUGGAACUUUAAUAUGCUUUAAUAUGAGAUAUUUAGUAAGUUAAUCUUUGUGUCCACAUGACUUCCUAAUGACGCCCUUAGGACUUUUGUGUAUUAUAUUCUAUGAACCUAUAAACUAAUUGUGGUGUUUUGUUUUGGCCCUGUCUGAGCCUUUGGUUUCUUCUACGUCUGCUCCUAAGCGAAACCUCACUUCAGCACUUUGGAGCAUGAAGGAGACCCCUUAUAAAAUAUCAACAACAGAAUUUUAUGGAGAAAGAAGACAACCAUAAGGCUGUUUUAGCAAGAUGCAAACCCAAUAUACUGACUAGCACAUUUUUAAAUAAUGAUGAUAAUAAAAAAAAAAGGGAUUUGUUUAUUGUUUGUUUAACUACUGGCCACUUAUCACUGAGAGCUACCAAGCAUAUGAGAGGACACCAAUGAAGCUUUAAGCACUAAACCAACAAUGUUCUUCCAGUUCUCUUUCACAAAGCUAAGGGGCCUUCCUCAGAUGACUUGGGAUAGCUGUGGUGGCUGCGAUGAUGUCUAGUGGGUGGCCAGCCAUGCAAGUGUAAAUGCAGGUUUGCUGUACUUUUAUGAGUUCACAGCGCUCAACAUCAAGCCAUGUGAUUUUUACAUUUUCUACGAGGUUUUUUUUUUGUUUUUUUUUGCUUUGCUACAUUUUGACAUUUAAACAAACUACUACUGAAUAUUACCCCUUUAACACUGUUCUUUCGGCCUUGUGUCCCUUUCUAGACAAGCAUGAUGAUUCUUGAAUUAACUCUUCACUCCGCACUGGUUCUUAUGUGUAAUGCAGUCAGGUACAGACACAAUUUCUAGUAAUCUUUUGAUAACAUAGCCUUCCAUGGGAGUACACUUGAGACCGUCAUGAAAGAGAAGACUGUGAUAAGAAAAGGGAAUGACUCCUAUGUAUACUUGGGUCUUUAUGCCUUAAUGACACUUGCUGCUUUUUUUUUUUUUCCUCUGUAAAAUGCCUUUCCCUUUUGAGAGGAACAUGUACUGUCUGAUGUUAACACCUUGGUUGCCCAGUUUAUUUAUUUUUUAUUUUUUUUGACCAUAACUUAUUUUUAUGAGUUGUGCUAUUACCUUUUUAUCCCUGACCCUACCAGGGAAUCUGUAAUAAGUAAAAGUUGACCUUUGUGGUUAUAAUCCUUGUUUUUAAGCAAGGAUAUAUUUUAUAUCUAUAAAUCUUAUUAGAAUUCAAUCUGUCCAUGCCUUCAGCUCUGUGAAUGAACCAGAUAAUAAGCAACACUGUAAAGGAGGUGGCAGAGUAAAGUGAGAUAACAUUGAUAACUCUCAAUGGGGC